AUGCUAUUGAGUGGACUUGGACGAUGUCAGUACCGAAGUGGCGCCAGCGGGCCCCGGCCCGGGCGGCAUAGCGACGCUGCAGUGCAGGACACACUGCUCGUAAAACUGAUCACGCUGGGGGUAAACUUCUCGAGUGGUCACACCGCAGCCUGGCCUCCCCCUAAGGUCAAAUACCCUGGUCAAGGUCAAAUCGCGGGCAGCGCGACACCGGUCGUUGCGGUGUACCAUGGUCAAGGUCUACAUCCAGAAUAUAUCGUAAAACGAGAGCCUUCCGAAAAAGACUAUUCUGAUCUCGAUGAAAUAUGUGAUGAUGAUAAUGAUGCAAUCCCUCAUAGCGAUGAACACAAUACUGUGAAUGCAACGGAUUUCAUUCAGGACCCACUGAUGACAGUUCUAAAUGCGGAUUCCGGUAUAGAUGUAACACAGACAGAAGACAAAGAGGUGACCAAGUUAAAAAUAGAAUUGUUGAGUUAUAAAAGGGAAACUGCCAAGCUUGAAAGGAGAAGGAUAGAGAACGCUAUGGAAUCGGAUGCAUUAGAGGCAUCGUUGCGUUUAAGGGCUGCCAGACUUGAAGCCGUCGCGGCCGCCACGAAGCUACCCAGAUCCCACCCGGCCCUCGGGUUCACCCCCGAAGAAGCUAGGGCCGAAGAAUAUCUGCUUCGGUAUCAGAAUACCUGAUGUAACCGUAACGUGUUUGGGGUUACAAUAUUAGCGAAACAUUCGUUUGAGGUUAGAAUGAAUCUUAACGCAUUUACUAAAAUUAGAUUCAUUGUUACGAUCGUCAUUAAUAUUUUAGAUAAAAUGAAGACUGAGUUAUCUGUUAAGUGUAUCGUAUUGUUUGUAGGAAUUUAAUUAUAAAAUUGAAUUAAUAUUACAAAAUUGGAUACCAAAGCCAAAGGCCGAAUAUAUUUCGUACUUUGUUUUUUUUUUUUAAUUUACAAAAAUGCGAUUUUUGAAAAAUAGUAAAUUACCUGACAUGAAAUCUGUCUGAUGUUGCGUAAUUAUCUAAGAUGAAUAAAUGAUAACCAAUAAAUGUAUGUACAAUAUUAAUAAAUGUUGAAAAUUUUCUGAAAGGUUUUCGAGUUUUUAGCUCUGGUAUUAUUAAAUUAUUUUUAGACUAUAAACAAUAAAACUCAA